AUGAUUCCAAGGAGCACCCGGUCGGUAUUCCACACCACCUCCACUCUGUCGUCAUCACUCCGAUGCGGCACGAGGCGGCAAUUCAGCUCGCGAGGUGCAUUGCAACAAGAAAUUCGGGACGCAUACAUAAUCAGCGCUUCAAGGACGCCGACUGCAAAGUUCAAUGGCUCCUUCACCACCGUCCCCGCGCCCAAGCUCGGCGCCGUUGCCAUCAAAUCCGCCGUCGAAAAGUCACGAGUGCCCGUCUCCAAAAUCAGCGAUGUCUACAUGGGCAACGUGCUGCAAGGCUCCGUAGGCCAGUCCCCCGCUCGACAAGCCGCUAUAUUUGCCGGUCUACCAUCAUCGGUCGAGGCCAUCACAAUAAACAAAGUAUGUGCAUCGGGGCUCAAGUCGGUCGUGUUUGCAGCGCAAAACAUUCAGCUUGGGCUAGCGGAAGCUCAGGUUGCUGGUGGCAUGGAGAACAUGUCCCGGGUUCCGUAUUACUUGCCAAGGAGCAGCGGCCUACCGGCUUUUGGCAACGUGCAACUUGAGGACGGGCUGAUCAAGGACGGCCUCACGGAUGUUUACGAUCAGUUCCACAUGGGCAACUGCGCCGAGAACACGGUGAAGAAGCACGGUAUCACCAGGGAGAUGCAGGAUCAGUACGCCAUUCAGUCAUAUGAGAGGGCCCAGGCCGCCUGGAAGGCCAAUGCGUUCAAGGACGAAAUCGCGCCAGUGACUGUGUCAUCCAGGAAAGGUGACAAGGUUAUCGACACGGAUGAAGGAUACCUCGAUAUCAAGUUGGACAAGGUGCCAACCUUGAAGCCUGCUUUUGUUCGUGAUGGUACUGGUACAGUGACGGCAGCGAACUCGUCGACGCUGAACGAUGGUGCAAGUGCCCUUGUUCUUGGAAGCAAGGCGAUUGCGCAGGAGUAUGGAUCCGGUUCUCGUGUGCUGGCAAGGAUUUGCGGUUCUGCAGAUGCCGCCAUUGACCCGAUCGACUUCCCGGUUGCCCCCGCGGAAGCGGUGCCAAUUGCGCUGAAGCGAGCGGGGAUUACCAAAGACCAGGUGGCCGUCUGGGAGUUCAACGAGGCGUUCGCCGCGGUCAUUAAAGCCAAUGAGAAGAUACUUGGCCUUGAGAAUGCACGCGUCAACCCCCUGGGCGGUGCUAUCUCUUUGGGCCAUGCCCUGGGAAGUUCCGGAUCUCGCAUUCUGGUAACUUUGCUCCACCAGCUUAAGCCUGGCGAGUACGGCGUGGCAGCCAUUUGCAACGGAGGUGGAGCUGCCACAGCCAUGGUUGUGCAGAGGAUUGACCAUGAGACGGCCAUGGACGUUAUCGCGACAUUUCUGAAGGGCGUCAGGGAGCUGGUCGUCGCCGGCGACGGCAGCACCCUGUCCGACUGGCUAUUGGCCGAGCCGGAUUCGCCACCCGCAUACCAUCUCAUCGGCCAGGAGCUGCGGAAAAAAUACCCAAAGGGCAGCAGCGGUCUGCAGGCUUUCGUCGAAAAGUCGCUCCCGGAAGAGGAUAAUGUGACCGAGGGCGGCAGCACACCAUGGCCGGGCUUCCACGCCUUCAUGACAGAGUACCUCUCGUACUGGCGGGACGUCAACUUUAACGACUUGAUGGAUAUCCACGAGCGUCUCUGCGCACUCUCAGUGUCUUGCACUUCAGCACUCAAGCAUCCUGGUCAGGGCAGCAUCAUGGUUCAGACCAGUGUCUCUUACGCGCAAUCCAUGAUCAAACUUGUCAGCGUGCUGAAUGGUCGUCCGGACAUCACGGCCGCUCGUCGCCAGCAGAGCAGUGGAGAUGAGGGUGAGGCUCGCACUUUCAUGGACGACUCGCUUGAUGUGAUCAAGGAAAUGUUCUCAAGUUGCGCCAGAGACCGGGGUCAACUCACGCCCGGUAGCAAAAAGUCGGUCGUCUAUCUACUUGCCAGCAUGGCCUUCCGUCUACUAUUCAUUUGCGGAAGGCCAAUGAUGGCAUGGUCACUACUGAACGGCUUGGAGCAGGCGCCCCCUUUGUCCCUCUACCCAGCCGUCCAACGCACCACGUACCUCUACUACCUCGGUCUGGUCAUGUUCCAGAGCGACCAUUACCCCCGCGCAGCGGCUGCUCUCGACGAAGCCUAUAGGCAGCUGCCGAGGCACUUGAAAAAGCAGCGCAGACUGGUGCUCACCUUCCUGAUACCUGCCAACAUCCUCUCCGGGCGACUCCCGUCCGACACAUUGCUGCAGCGGCCAGAGGCACAGCAACUGGCCCCGAUAUUCCGCCCCAUGGCCAUGGCCAUACGAAAGGGUAACUUUGCGGCGUUCCAGCAGGCGCUAAAUACGCAUCAGGCCUGGCUGCUGGAGCGGAACCUGCUCUUCCCGCUCAUGUAUCGCACGAGGCCGUUGCUCUGGCGGUCGCUGACGCGGCGCGUGUUUCUGUUGACGUACAAGCCAGUCGACGCGGGCAACGAGGCGAUGCUGCCGGCUGGGCGCAAGGCCGUCACGCUCGAUCUUAAUAUGGUUCAAGCGGCAGCCGACUAUAUCCAGCGUUCGCUUGAGGGCCACGUCCCCGCCAUGCCACCGAGACCCGGCACCAAAACCUUCGGGCACACGACGAACCCGCUCUUCCUGCGCGCCGUCGCCAACAGCACGCCGCAGCCGCCCGAGUCGACGACGCUGGUCUCCGGGCCCGGCGGCACGCGCAAGCUACGCGCGUACGAGGGUCUGCUGUGGGGCAACCUGCCGGUCACAAUCGAGCACGUCGAGGUGGCCGUCAUGGGCCUGGUGGCGCAGGGCCUGAUGAACGGGUUCGUGUCACACUCGGGCCGCAAGUUUGCCAUUCAAAACAUCAAAAAGACGGGCGGCAACGCCGCGGCCGCGGGGUGGCCGCCCAACGUGUCCGAGGUCAUUUUGCAGAGGCUGCGGGACCAGAACGUCGACACGGAAUGGGUGCCUGGAUGGGUGAGGUAG